GACGCGCCGAAGUUGGCGUGAUACAGAUCCAAACCCCAGUGAAAAACGGAGUGCUCGAAUGCCCCCCAUUUCAGCUGGCCUUGCAGGUGGUAGCCUUGCAGGUGGUCCGAGUCUUGCGAGCUGAAUUGAGUGCAGUGCGAGAGGAAGUGGUCUUGCUGAGGCAGCAGAUCUCUCAGCAGUCAGGCCAAGCCAGUGGUCAAGAGAGGAGAUCAUCUAGGAUGAGUGCGUGGGUGUUACCUGAGCAUUCGGAAGGUACCUCCCGUUUUGUGGUGGAGGAGAGCAUAGUGAAUUUGUCUUACCUUGGAUUUUUGCAAGUGGAUUCCUUGGCACAUCAGCUAAGAUUUCAGGUGAUUUUCAUUGCCGCCUUUGACAACAAGGUCUUUGCGGCUGUUCCCAGAUCUGCAUGGAAUCGCAAAUCGAAUCAACGAAUUAUUCCUACAGGAUGGUUCACGAAGAUGACUUCUCUGGAAUCAGGAUGCUCUCUAGACGAGAGGGAUUUGCAAGUGGAGGACUUGAUGGUCCGGCUAUGGGUAGGCUUCAUGAGGCGCUAUCUGCAGGAGCUGACGGACUUCAGCAGCCAGCACGACCUAGCAGUGGAGUAUGUUUUCGAUGGGGCUGUGCGUGGCCCGUGCUCCUUUUUGAACGAGCUUUGGCAGAUGCGGCAAACGAACACUUUUCUUUCUUCUCUGCGCAGGACGACUGCCUUGGAGUAUGCUGGCGGUGGAUGCGCUUUGGAAUCUGGAAGCAUCGGCUCGGGCAAGAGGUCAGCAGCAGCGCGGAGAGCGUUGCGUGCCAUGUUGGUGGAGAAACUGGGCGAGAUCUAUGCUUGGAUAGAGAAGCUGAUGUGGGAGGAGAUUUCCUUUCAAACUCUAGUUCCAGGAGUUCAUGCCCCAGCGUUUUUGUGUCGGGCCUGGGUGGAGCAGCAGCUGCCAGCCGGGCCGCCGAUGUCACUCCUCGAGCAGCACAAACUUCCGAGUGUGGCUUCAGGCGAAAGCCCAUACUCCCAUAUUCUGGAUCCUCGGUGGGCCGCAGUGUCUCUUUCCUACCUACGAGAUCAGUUCCCCAGCAAGAGGAAGAAUUUGGGCCGAGCUUACCCAAAGAAGGAGACGCAGACAGUUCGCCUCGCCGGCGCCCCAAAGCCCGAUCAAAGGCAAAGGGGGCGGCCGAGCUUGAAGAGAGCAUCCUCAUCGCCCUCUUGCUCCGCGGUUUGGCCCAUGCCCAUUCCUUAUCCUGAAGCGUUUUGCAGUUCUAGUUUGUUGAAGGUGGAGAAGCUGUAUUUGAAGCAAUGGACCGCUGUAAAGUACAUGGAGCAUUUGUGUGUCGAUGGUAAUACGCCGGUUUCAGUGGAUGCUGCUUUCAUGGGACGUGCCGCUGCCAAAGUUGAAGGUAUGGAGGCAGUUUUGGCCGCUUUAUCGAGAGCAGGUGGAUUUUUGAGGGACAUUUUGCAAAAAAGAUUGGGCGCAAAGUUGGGAAGCUUGCAAAGAAUGUUGAUGAAUGCAAAGCCGCUGGUUGCCGAACGUCUUGUUUUUCCUGGACCCCCACAGUUUGACCUUGGUCCUCUGCUGGAUCCUGGUACCCGAGCCUUGUAUGAGAGGCCACUGGAUUGCUGCGAUGAUUUUCAGUCUUUUGCAGGCGAGGUCCCGAGGGUCCGGGUUUUUGCUACUCGGGAAAACAAGGUGCUGCUUUACAAGAAGUUAGCCGACACUAAGCGGCUGAAGCCGGUGAAGCUAUGCAACAAGCGGGGAGACUUUGUUUCUUGCUUAUUUGCAGCACACAAAAAUUUGGAGUUUGAUCGGAUGGUUUUAGAUGGUAGACCCCCUAAUUUGGUGGACCCAAAGCAGUCUAUUUGGUGCCGAUCUAUGGCGUCACCUGCUGUCCUCGUCCUCCUAGCGUCUGGUGAAGAUUUGCGUGACUUCUUUUAUCAAUUUAAAGCGGGUGAGCAACGCACCAUUCGUAAUAUUUUGUCUGACCCAGUGACACUGGAUGAAGCUCGCGAAAUCUUUGGCAGCAGUUUUGAAUGGAGCGAAGAGCUGGUUUAG